AGGGAUGUGUGUAUACACCUUCUCUGUCCGAAAAUUUCGAAUAAUAUUCCAUUUACUAAUUAACCACCUAACUGACGAGACAUAACUAAAUAACUAAGGAGAAAUAAAGUUAGACAAGCUAGCCUAGCUCAUGGCCUGUCCCAGAGCGCCCUGUCUCGCGCCACCUGUUCUCCUCACACACCACAGCAUGUCUGCUAGCAAUCUGAGAGCUUUCUUUCUGUGUGGAUCUGCUUGUAGGUGUUUGGUUACCAGCGGCUUAAAAGAGCAGCAAGUCCACUUCAGUCCUCCUGCCCCGUUAGUAAGGGUCAGUGUGUGUACGUGUGUUAAGGUUAAAUUGUUUUGUGAGCGCUGAUAUGCCCGUGUUUGUGGAAAAUCCCGCUGAGUUUUCUAAGCAGCGCCUCAGGUCGGAGCUAAUUUCCCAUAAUGUGGCGCUGCCUCCUCCAGGGAGUGAUAAACACGUUUAUUUGGAGGUUUAUAUGAAGCAUGUGGCGAAUAAAAACACUGCUGAUUUCUCUAGUGAUGAAGAGGAAGAGGUCCGAAAUGGAGAUGGAAAUGAAGAGGAAGAGAGUGGAGAGGAUUCGGACAAGGAUUCAGACAUGGUGGACUUGAGCUCAUUGACUGAUGACCAGUUAAAGCGCAAGCUGCUUCAGUAUGGAGUCAAAGCUGGACCGAUUGUAGCUACCACUCGCGCAUUGUAUGAGAGGAAGCUACACAGGAUGAUGACCCAGCACUCGCAGCACAGUGUCAGCAAUAAAAAGGAUGCUGGGAAAUACUCCGAUAGUGAGGAGGAGGAGGAAGAAGAGGAGGAGGACUCUGGAUCAGAACAGCUUGGACCAGAGAGUGUGUCCCAUACUGACCGUAGUGUGACGCAUAGUACGGUUGGGAUGAACGAUCAGAGCAAAGAAACAUUUUAUCCUCAGUGCUUUGUACCUCCUGUGAGACAGGGCAAGAAUCAAGAGAGGUCACUGGAGAGCACGCAAAGCAGCUUGCUGUCGUUCAGCAUCACACAGCUUGUGGAGGAGGGGAGUAUUGAGAACAGACUGAGUCCUGAGUCAAAGUCAGCAGAGAAUGAGAGAAGCUGUAGCCAGACACCAGCAGCAAGCAGAGUUUUUUAUCAUUUCCAGCAGCGCAACAAAAGCACAACAAAUCCGUCUCUCCAUCUGACCCCGGAGUGUUCACCUCUUCUGAAACAAACUACUACAAUAAAACCAGCUGUUGAAACUGUGACUGAUGUUCUAAUGGAGAUGUUCCCGGACACUGCAACAACUCCAACUGGAAUCACUGCCACCAAGAGACGGUCUAUUAAAGGGGCAGCAGGUCGUCCUGUACAGUUCAAAUAUCCAGAAACUCCACUGAGUCCUGCCACGCUGGAGAAACUGGACAUCCAGCAGCGUCUGGUUCCUCUGUGGGUGCAGGUUGUCGUCUUCCUUUUGGUGGUUGCUUUCCUGUACUUCAUUUACAUGUUGACGGAAGAACCGCCAGAGAAUCCUUUCAGCGUGGGGCUGCGGAGUCAGGAGGCAAGCAGCGAUGAUCUUUCACUCGUCUCUCAGGACACACGCACCUGAUACUUGGCUUUCGUCGUGUGUCGGACUUACAUGCAUAGAAGAUUUCGUAGUAAUAGCAGGGUUGCAGAAUUCAGGUUGAACAGUGUGAUCUUUCCGUCUGUUUGUUUACUUGUGUAGGCUUUUACCUUGUUAGAAGUAAUCUACUGCCCACAUACUUAAGUAGGACCGAUGAAAUGAACCGGUUUGGAGAGCCGCAGGGACCCGUGUCUUAUCCACAGGAGUACUGUAUGUUGAUUUGUUUUUAUUCUGUUGUGUUGUUUGUUUGUUUUUUGAAUAAAUAAACAGUUGAA